GUGUGAUUCCCGGCGUGGCGAGAAUUGGAGCGCUGUGCCCGCCCAUUUGUCGUGCCCUGCUCCUGGCUGUGAGUGUCGCUGGGCCCCUUCGAAUCGCCGCGGCCUCCUCUCUGGCAGGUGCACAAGUCAGGUGUAUUCUGUGCCUGAUCUGCCUGGGCAACUCUGAGUCCAAUUUUGCUGUCUUCAGCUUAAUCAGGUACCAUGGAGGCCCCGCCGGUCACCAUGAUGCCCGUCACGGGGGGCACCAUCAACAUGAUGGAGUACCUGCUGCAGGGAAGCGUUCUGGACCACAGUUUGGAAAGCCUUAUCCACCGCCUGCGCGGUUUGUGUGACAACAUGGAGCCCGAGACCUUCCUGGACCAUGAGAUGGUGUUCCUCCUCAAGGGUCAGCAGGCCAGCCCGUUUGUUCUGAGGGCAAGGCGCUCCAUGGAUAGGGCGGGCACCCCCUGGCACCUGCGUUACCUGGGACAGCCAGAAAUGGGAGACAAGAACCGCCAUGCCCUGGUGCGAAACUGCGUGGACAUUGCCACCUCCGAGAACCUCACCGACUUCCUGAUGGAGAUGGGCUUCCGCAUGGACCAUGAGUUUGUGGCCAAGGGUCACUUGUUCCGGAAGGGCAUCAUGAAGAUAGUGGUGUACAAGGUCUUCCGCAUCCUCGUACCAGGAAACCCGGACAGUACCGAGGCCUUGUCCCUAUCGUACCUGGUGGAGUUAAGUGUCGUUGCGCCAGCUGGGCAGGACAUGGUGUCUGAUGACAUGAGGAACUUUGCUGAACAGCUGAAACCUCUUGUCCACCUGGAGAAAAUAGACCCCAAAAGGCUCAUGUGACCAAGAGGACCUGUUGGCAUUUUGAAAACUAACUGCAGCUUUUAGGAAAACAGUGGGCAGUGGGAUGGCCCAGUUCACUGUGGCAGCCGGACAUUCUUCCUUGCCCUGUUCCUCUAGUGUGGUGAUUUGACUUCUGGGUUGCCUUCCUAAGUGAAAGGCUCAGGAUGGCACUGUGAAGCUGCUAUAUGUUCACUUUUGGAGAGAAAAAGAAAACCUCUUACUGUUUAUAUUUGAUGUUUGUAGCAUAAUAUGAACUGUGUUCUUUGGGAGUGAAGGUUACGAGAAGUGCCCGUAA